AUGUGGGGUGAAAUAGGGGAUGAUGUUUGCAAGGAUAUCCUGGACUUUCGCAAUACUGGAAAACUCUUGAAAGAGAUCAAUACCACUAGUGUUACCCUUAUCCCUAAAGGGAAGUGCCCUGAAAGUGUGCAAGAGUACAUGCCCAUUUCUUGCUGUAAUGUAGUUUACAAAUGCAUCUCUAAAGUCUUAUGUUACAGACUUAGAAGUAUCCUACCUGAUGUGAUUGCUCAGAAUCAAGGUGCCUUUGUCCACAACAGAUUCAUUGCUCAUAACAUCAUGGUUUUCCAAGACCUUGCUAAAGGGUAUGAGAGGAAGAACAACUCUGCAGGAUGUCUCAUAAAACUGGACCUACAGAAACCUUAUGACUCUUGUGUGAGGUCGCCUAGAUUUUCACUAUCUAUAAAUGGGACUUUUCAUGGGUUUUUUGAGGGAAAAAUAGGCCUUAGACAGGGUGAUCCCUUAUCAGCUCUGUUAUUUGUGCUAUGUGUUGAAUACUUAUCUAGAAUCCUGAUGAUGGUAGGUGAAAAAGAAGGGUUCAAAUUCCAUCCAAGGUGCUCUGCUUCAAAAUUGAAUAUUCUGUGUUAUGCAGAUGAUUUCAUUCUGUGCUGUAAAGUACAGAGAAUACUUGACAUGACUGGUUUUGCUAAGGGGUGCUUCCCUUUUAGGUAUCUUGGCAUUCCAAUUUGUUCUAAAAAGAUAAGUGUGGCUGAAUGUGAGAAAAUUGUGGAAAAAAUGUGUGUUGGAAUCAAGUGGAACGGUGUUGCUGAUUAUGGUGGCCUUAGGAAGGUGGCAUGGAAUAAGGAGAAUGUGUGGGUGAGGUUGAUUCACUCUGUCUACCUCAAAGACCAGAACUGGUGGGGUUAUUUCCCUAAAAAAGGUGAUAGUUGGUACUGGAAAGUCAUAUGCCAGGUUAAGGAGUUGAUGAAGACAUACCUAUCUGAGAACCAGCUAAGAUCUCUUCCAACAUAUUCCAUUAAAAAGUCUUAUUGUGAGCUAGUACCUGCUAAUGCUAGGGUGCACUGGACUAAUGCAGUAUGGGGUCGUUUAGCCCAGCCGAAACACAGAUUUAUUGCUCGGCUAGCUGUUCUAGGAAGGUUGAAUACUAAGUACAGACUUAUGCAGUUUGGAGUGUCUACUGAUAAGCUCUGCUUGUUGUGUGGGCUUGAAGUGGAGAAUCAUAGUCAUUUAUUUUUUGGUUGUCAGUACAACUCUAGAUGCUGCAACAUGUUGCUUCUUGUUUAA